GAUUACGAUACACUUUUGACUAAUUGUCGAGAAUUAGAAUCAAGUCACCGAAUAGACGGUGAAAAACUUCAGGAAUAUAUUCAAAUUACCGAUCAAGUGAUCGAACUUAACGAACAAACGUUAAAAGAGCUUGAACAACGACAUAAAAAAAUUAGUUCAGCGCUUCAUGAUCAACGGAUGAAAGAAAUCGAACAUAAACAAGAAAUAGUUGAUUUAAUGUACAGAGAUCUUGUUCAAAAAGAAUCGGUUAAGGAUAAAAAUAUGAUUGACGACGAACCGAAUGAAUUGAUAACUUGGGAUGAACAUAGGGAAAAAAGUGAUGGGGGAUGGGAUAAAAAACCAGGUUUUUAUGAGAGGAAAAAUGAGAAUUUGUCGUGGACAUAG